AUGCACGCACGCGCGCGUGCUCUCUCUCUAUCUCUCUCUCUCUCUCUCUCUCUCUCUCUCUCUCUCUCUCUAUUUCCCUGUACAGUGGAAAAUCUCCGCUUAAUAAAUACCUCCUUUGUAUUGUUUCCUGUUUGUUCUUUCUUCCUCUCACACUCACGCAAUCUAUCUAUCUAUCUAUCUAUCUAUCUAUCUAUCUAUCUCUUUCAGAUUCUUCAUAAUCUAUCUAUCUCAAACUAUUCAUUAUCUAUCUAUCUAUCUAUCUAUCUAUUUCAGACUCUUCAUAAUCUAUCUAUCUCAAACUAUUCAUUAUCUAUCUAUCUAUCUAUCUAUCUAUCUAUCUAUUUCAGACUCUUCAUAAUCUAUCUAUCUAUCUAUCUAUCUAUCUAUCUAUCUAUCUCUCAGACUCUUCAUUAUCUAUCUAUCUAUCUAUUUAUCUCAGAUUCUUCAUUAUCUAUCUCAGACUCUUCAUUAUCUUUUUAUCUCAGACUCUUCAUUAUCUCUCUCUCACUCUCUCAGACUCUUCAUUAUCUAUCUAUCUAUCUCUCACAGACUCUUCAUUAUCUAUCUCUCUCUCUGACUCUUCAUUAUCUAUCUAUCUAUCUAUCUAUCUAUCUAUCUAUCUAUCUCAGAUUCUUCAUUAUCUAUCUAUCUAUCUCUCUCUCUCUCAGACUCUUCAUUAUCUAUCUAUCUUUCUAUCUCUCUUUCUCAGAAUCUUCAUUAUCUAUCUAUCUAUCUAUCUAUCUCAGACUCUUCAUUAUCUAUCUCAGACUCUUCAUUAUCUAUCUCAGACUCUUCAUUAUCUAUCUAUCUAUCUAUCUAUCUAUCUAUCUAUCUAUCUAUCUAUCUCAGACUCUUCAUUAUCUAGCUAGCUAG